GUGUGUUUCAACAUGGCGGAUGCUUUCUUGUUGUGAAAUCGUGUUUGAAGAAAUCAAGAAUGAAGGGUAUUCAACAAACUUAGCUCCUCUUGCUACGAUAGCCUUGAUAUGCCUAACUCUGUAGAGGGUCUACGUUUUGGUGAUUUUUCUGUUGAUGAUUGGGAGAAGAUUCUAAAAGAUGUCAGCCAGAGCGACUCAGCUAGGCCUCCGGUUGAGUUUCUCUUUGAUUAUGUAUGCUCGGAAGAUGAUCAAGUCGCUGACGAUGACAAAGACCUCAACGUGAGUCGAGAAGCCCACAACAAAAGUGUUCCCACUGGACCAGAUGAUUCAGGAGUGGAAAUUGGACUUGAGAGUGAACAGGAAGGUGUUCCUGCAAAACAUCACGUUCCGGUUGUGUUUGUUCCAAACAAGAAUGUGGUUGAUGAAGUAAAAACCCUUGAGGAAGCUGGAGUAGAGCUGUCCUUUUGUGGACGAAGUGUAAUUGAAGAUAUAGAACCUACCAACAAUGGCUCAACAUAUCUGCAAGAUGCAGAAAAUUUCCCUCCACUGGGUAGCUUGCAGACCCAAGAUGUUGAACGUUCACGCAAACGUCGCAGGAAAAGAAAACAGCACCAAAGAUCUGGGGAUGUGCCAUGUUCAUCUAGUGAAGACAGUGAUAGGGACAAGAGCCCUGCUAGUAUUGUUGAGAGAGUUUCACGCGUAAGGAGUGGCAGUGGGAAUGAGAAAGGGAGUGGUACAACUGAAAAUAAGGGAGAAAACCAGGGCGUCUCUGAAAACGCUGCAAAGAAAGCAGAAACUGGUCAGGAAAAUAAGAAGUCCUGUAAAGAAGGCCAUGAUGCCAGCAGUACAGACUCUAAAAGCACAACAGAGACAGUCUUAUCCAUUGGUGAUUCAUCAAGCAGUCCACCUCAGAGUGAUGUAGAUUUUCACACUAACAAACUGCCGCAAAACAUUUCUGAUACUACUACCACUACUGCCAAUAACAAUACCACUGAGACAAGUUCCAUCCCUAAUGAAGCUACAAACAAGCCGUCAAAUGCUGCACCCGUCAGUUUGUGGGCUGAUUUGUUCCGAAAACCAUCUUCUAAACAGCCAGCAAGUAAAGUAGAAACUAACAAUGUUGUCAGCACACAGAAGGAAGCAAUCAAAGAUAAUAAUGUGAAAAAAGUAGAAUCUGUGCCUAUCGUCAUUGAUAUAGCUGAGGACAAGAGGGCUAUAAGGAUUGCAGAAACACUAAAGAAGCUGAGCCUGGAUUACACUCACAAGCCACUGUUCCUCAGAGGACUUAUAAACAAAGCUAACUGGUGUUACAUCAAUGCUACACUUCAAGCUCUGCUCACCUGCCCUCCAUUCUUUAAUCUUUUAAGGCAACUGGAGCCUUUGAAAGAUAAAGAGUCCACUUCUACUCCAAUACUGGACAGCAUGGUGAAGUUUUCACAUGAAUUUAACAUUCUUCCAAAGCAAGCAGCAAACCAGGGAAAGAAUGGCAAAGUUGAAUUCCGUACUGGGUCUUCUUUUGAACCAAACUAUGUUUACAAGAUGCUGUCAACCAUCCAGAGCUCAUUGUCUGCCAAGGGCCGUCAAGAAGAUGCAGAAGAAUUCCUAAGUUGUGUCCUCAAUGGAAUCCAUGAAGAAAUGCUCCAGCUAAUGAAGCUGUUAGAGCCAACCACAAAGGCAGAACCAGCAGACUCUGAGCAGACAGUUACAGACGACCCUAGUGUUGUGGCAGUCAAUGGACAAGAUAUUGACAAGAAUGAUGAUGAUGACGAUGGAGACUGGGAACAAGUGGGACCCAGGAACAAAUCAAGUAUUACUAGAAUGGCUAUUUUCCCUCAGUCUCUGGUGUCUGAUAUAUUUGGUGGAUAUCUGAGGUCAUCCCUUCACCAGGCUGGAGCUAAAGAGUCUGCUAAUGUGGAACCCUUCUUUGAUCUUCAGCUAGACAUUCAGAAUGUGAGUUGUAUUGAGGAUGCCUUAAACCACCUUGCUGUUAAAGAAGAACUUCAAGGUUACACAUGCUCAAAGACCAAUGCACAAAUUGACAUAUCAAAACGUGUCACAUUUGAGAGUCUUCCAAAGAUUCUUAUUCUUCAUUUGAAGAGAUUUAUUUACUCCAAGAGUGGGAGCCAGAAGCUUCUAAAACAUGUGGACUACCCAUUAGAUCUCCCUAUUGGCAAAGAAUUGUUGUCACCAAAUGUGAAGAACAAAUAUUCCAUUGCUCAGAAGAGCUACAAGCUUAUAGCAGUUGUCUAUCAUCAUGGUAAGACAGCAUGUGGAGGGCACUACACCACAGACAUGUGCCACCCUAUCCAUGGAUGGGUACGUGCCGAUGACACUAAACUCAAAAGUGUUCCUGUCAACCAUGUACUCAAGCCAAUACAAGGCAAGGAUCCGUAUCUGUUGUACUACUGUAGGACAGAUCAGAUGGCCUAAAGAUGUUGCAUGCCAAUGACAGUCUAUCAAUGGACUGCUACUGUUUUUACUAUUUGGUGUGCAUUAUAGAAAGAAUAUGUAUUAACAGGUAAUGUCAUGAAUCCUCGUCCAUGCAGAUGGCUAAUAGAUCCAAAGAUUAAGCCUUCAUAAGUAUCCUCUUGGCCUGGUGGCAGCAUGCUUGCAAGAUUGCAACAUAAAGACAUAAAUAUAGCAACAACAUCAUGGCAUCGUUAUGGUGUCUUAUUACAAUAUGUUGUUAUAUAAUGCUGCAAGCCAAAAAUUGUUUUGGGAUAACCUGUACAGCCACAUACACAUAGCCAAAAACCCUUCAAAAUUCAAUACACUAAAGAUAUAAUUUUUUGUGAAAUAUAUUUUCUAUUUUUCAUUCCCAUAUCCCUGAUUCGGACCUUGUGGCUUAAAUCAAAAUUGGAUUGAGUGUGCAAUCCUAAAUAACAGUAUCUGUUUCCCAAAAGGUGGAAAUAUAUUUACUAUAUACUGCUGUAUUUGCCAUCCAGCAUGGCAUAAGAAGUAUUUCACAUGGCCUGUUGAUGCAUGUUGCUAUUAGAGUGAAAGUUGAAACUAGUUCUCAUUUCAAACUUACCACACUGACCUGAGCUAGUUAAUCAAAACAUAGAAUAUCAUGAGCAAGUGGCGUCAAGGGACCUAAUUUAUAUGACAAUGGACAUGCCCCCUCAGUAGUGCAGGUCUGUGUGUGAGACUCAAACAGAAAGGAUAUAUAUCAAAACCUAUGAAGACUAUCUUAGUUUAAUAGUUAGUUUUUGGACACAUUCUAUUGGUUAUUUACUUCAUAGUUGAUACCAGCAGCAAACAAUACGAAUUUGACUAUUACAAGAUGUCACAGUCAUUUUUGAAUCUCACCAAUCCCGCAAGGGAGAAGAUAGCCCCCCCACCCCCUCCCCACAAGGAAAUGUUACUGAAUGAAUGAAUAGUGUAUUUAUACCUGGAACUAUCUGGAAAACUGGAAAAGGGGAUGUAUGCAAAGGCUUUUGCAAGGUUUUCCUUUGUAUGACAUAGGGAUUGGAAGGUGGAAAUGAGUGGGGGGAGGGGGAGGGGAAGAUUAAGUAUGAAAUUUAUCUAAGAUUUUCCGAUCCCCUAGGAUAUCAUAAUGACCAAUCACAAGCCUGGUAACGUAGGCUAACAUUCAAGUUGUUUGCUGCUGGAGAGGUACAUGAGCAUUGAAUUGUAUCCUGGCAAUUUGUGUUAUUUAGUACAAAUAACUUGUCAAAAUUCCUGUGGUUUUAUCACAGGCAACCCAUACACAGAAAUGUAUGAGUAAGAAAGUGUAAAGGACGAUUUACACGGUACGAUUUUUCUUCGCGCGCAACAUGCCGACGACACGAAUUACUUCGUGUAAAGCGACCGUAAAAUCUGCUUCCGACUGUGAAUGGCAGACAGCUAAAACGUGGCGUAAGCAUGUUGCGCGCGACAGUUGUGAGGAAAAAUCGUAUGUGUAAAUCGGUUAUAAAGAUAUUAGAAAUGGUAAAAACUCGAAAGGAUGCUACAAAGUAAAAGUCAAGAGUAUGGUUCUCAAAGUGGGGAUGAUCCACUUUGAAAUCUUACUUUAGAGCAGGGAGCACCUCCCUGUUUAGAACAUCCAUUCUCAUCCGUGCCUAUUAGAAAUGCGGGUUCGAGCGUUAUGCUGGUGUAGGACUGUUAUAAACAAAAUUGGUGUAAACGUGUAAAGUAAUUUAAAAAGAGUGCAACUUGGUAAAUCUUAGUAAAGAUAGAAGACUGAAAACACCGGUGGCCCACCGGUUGAUAAACGUUUCAACUCACCCAUGAAAAAAAAUCUGUUGGGCUACCUGUGCUGGAAUGAGUUAUUUCAUUACCGUUCGCAGACUGAAUGUUUAUGAAAGAAGUAGCUUAAUUGUUAUUCGUGAGUGUCGCAUACGAUUAUAUGCAAGUCGUUAUCAGGAACGAACAAACGUUCCGGUGGAAAGUGUUUGAGUCCUCGGCACAUAAAUUACCACCAGCAUCAGACCAUUUCAUCUACACUGUCUAUUCUACGAUGUAGAGUACGAGCUAUGUUGUUUAAAAAAAAUAGAACAACAAUGGAACGCGUGCUUUGAUAAACUUUUUCUACCAAAACGAACAGAAACGACAAAAAUAAACGUUGAAAAUCCA